AUGUGUCUUGCCCGCUGCAAAAAACAGUAAUAGCUUACGGCAAGUCUAGGGCAGCGGGGCACUCGCUGCAACACGUUUGCCUAAUUGUAAAGCGAGUCGCGCGACGAAAGAGCAAAAUGCUGCGCCAGCUUGCUACCCUUCUGCCGGGUGCCCUGCGCUCGGCGUCCGGCGUUAACUCGCUGGCGCUGAACCGUGGCUUCAAGGCGGUGGCCGAUGUUGAGAUAGACUUUAACAACCGCGAGGUGCUCAAGAAGUACGUUGGCAUUCGUGACCACCUCAGCAAGGAGCCUGGGACACGCGGCAAGCUUAUUGAGGCGCUUACGGAGGUGCUGAGCAGCAUCAAAGCAGCGCCCGAGGGCUCAGACUACCGCAAGGCCGUGGAGGCCUCAUGCAUCUACCGCCUUAAGGUCUGCAAGGAGAAUGAGUCGGACGCGGCUAUUGAGGAGGUGCUGGACGCGCAUUUGGAGGAGCUCAUCAAGGAGGCGAAGGAGGAGGCCCGCCUGGUGCCCUUGAUUGCCGGCAACGCGCCAUGGGACGUGCCCGCUGACUACGCGGUGCCUGUGGUGGACUACACGGAUGCCGCCACCAUCCUGGACGCGCCGCCCAAGAAGUAGAGAGGGGCAGCCGGGGGGAUUCACGGCAGCAGAGGAGCAGAGGAGCCGUGCGAGCUGGGGGGCAGAGAGGAGAAGCGGCGAUGCAGCGGAGGAGCAGCAGCGGAGCAGCGUGGCUUGCAGGGGAAUUGCGGCAGUGCUUUCGGAGUGUGGCGGAGGGCGCAUAGGCGGAGCGGUGGCAGUGCGGUGGUGAUACCGGUGACCCCGCCGGUGGGGGAGCUCUGACUCCGUUGCCAGGCUGCGCAGGCGGCGACCGUGGCGGCCGUGCCUGAGUGUGGCAGCGCUGUGCUGAUGAGGGUAUGCGAGUCACGGCACGGCCUGACUGCAGCAGUCGGAAGCGUGCAGGGACAGCAGCAGGUGCAGGUGAUGGCGAUGUGCGCGGACGUGCCAGAGGCUGCGCAGGCAGGCACUUAGCUGCGGCGCGCCUGCUGCUGCCAGUCGUGGAUUUCCUGGUGGGCGCCGGGGCAGCGGUAGUGGCAGUGGCCGCAGUCAUGGUAGUGGCAGUGGCCGGCACAGGUUGUGACCAGCGUGCGGUGUUGCACCGAUGCCGGAGCGGGAGCGGCGCUCCGACCUGCUCGUUUAUGCGUGCUGUACCAGUGUGGCGUGGGCGUGCGCCGGCUGGCUGCUUGUGGGGCUCAUGUGUUGCAGUUGCGGCGAUACAUGGGCACCGUAGGAGGCUGCUGGCGGCGCAUGCUCUGCGCGGCUUGCUGAGGCUUACUUUCUUGAGCUUAUGACUGGACAAUAGCAGACGACACCGGUAGACUAGAUACAAGACUCGCGUGGCAAAGGAGGGUCUGU